ACCGGCAAACCUAUUGUGAUGUACGCAUUGUACGUCCGUAGGAUGCGGCUCAAUGCACGUACCUAGAAUAAUGACAAAGAAAGCACUACGUGCAUUAACAUUAACGAUCUUGUACGGCGAGCUUCGGUCAAGUACAAAAGGAUCAUGUCACCACGAGAAGUAAAUUUCACAUUGGAAAUAAUAUUGUAUCAGCAACUUCAUACAUGUCUUCAUCCACAAAGCGAUCAGUUCUUAUUACAGGCUGCUCGGUCGGUUCGUCCGGUCAUGCUCUUGCCCUUGAAUUUGCGAAUCGAGGGAUGCGUGUUUUUGCAACCGCUCGCUCAACCAAUUCUCUUUCCCAGCUUGAAGCGAAGGGUAUCGAGAUACUUCCACUAGAUGUCACGAGUGUAGAGAGCAUUUCUGCACUAAAGGCCGAAAUCACGAAGCGGACUGGAGGAAAGUUGGAUAUUCUCUUCAACAACGCUGGUACAAUGUAUGAGGCUCCAGCUGUCGAAGCGGAUAUCGUCCGCGUCCGUCAAAUGUUCGACACAAACGUCUUUGGGCUGUUUAACAUGACGCAGGCCUUCCUUCCUCUCCUUUUAGCCUCCGCGUCAGAGUCUCGCCUCCCUCCUACCAUCAUCAACACAUCUUCGAUCGUUUCCCGUGUCCCCUUUCUCUUCUCUGCCAACUACAACGCCUCAAAAGCGGCCGUCACCUCCUACUCUGACACUCUCCGGCUCGAACUAGCUCCUCUUGGAAUCAAAGUAGUUACGUUAUUCAUGGGCGAAGUCUCAACUAGACUAAUGUCACCUGACAACAUCUCCUUUGGCGCCAAUAGUCUCUACAUCGAUGCUGAGGCGGGCGUUCAAGAGAGGAGUCGAUCGCACGCAGCCAAAAGCAUAAAGCCGGAUGAAUUUGCGCGCCAAGUUGCCCAUCAGAUUUUCUCAAAUCCUGCACUUGGGAAGGGUGAAUAUGUGUGGAAGGGUACGCUGGCUACAUUGGUUUGGUUCCUCAAUGCCGUGGGGUUCAGAAAGAUUUUCGACACCUCGGUGGAGAGUGCGGUAGGGCUUAAUAAGCGUACGGUCAAGAAGGCAAUUUACGACAACGGUCAGCGUAGCAUAAAGCAGGAAUGAAAGAUUCUUUUAGCAGUUAAGAAGCGUGUAUAGGGUUGUAUUGAAUGGAC